GUUUCGUCUGCCUGGAAGUGACGCAGUGACUUCUUUCAGGUGGACCUGCAUCAUCACCUCAAACACCGCAACCAAAAGUAUGUGGGCCGCGAGGACACUUUUCUGUACCGCAAGGCUUGCAGCUUCGGCACCACUAAAGAAUGCCACGGUAUGUAGGCAGUCGCUGCAACGUCAGCAAAUAACAAGAACAUCCAACUUCCACACGUCUCCGAAACGCUGUAUCCAUCCCAUAUUUCUGAUCGCUGCGAAGCAGAUCACCAAAGGACUGGCAGUAAUUACUGGGAGAGGAUUUCGAAAAUGGUGGAAGUCGUUACCCUCAGACAAGAAGGCAUAUUUCAGAGCUGUUGCUCUCAGGAACAAAUGGAAAAUUGCAGGCUACUUCGGGGUAGCAUGGGGCAUUGGAGGAAUUUAUUACUUCAGCCACAUCCAAGUAACACCAAUCACUCACAGACGCCGCUUUGUUGCCUUCACCCGUGAGCAAUUUAAGAAGAUAUCUGACUUCGAGUUUGAAAUGCAAUACGAGCUCUUCAAACCUCACCUUCUGCCAUCUGUGCACCCAGUGUAUCACCGUGUUGUACGAGUGGCCAAUCAACUGCUGCAUGGAAACAGAGACAUCCCUGAGAUUCACGAUGUCACAUGGUCAGUGUCAGUAAUUGACAGUCCCAUGAAGAAUGCCUUUGUGAUGCCUAAUGGACAGAUUUUUGUUUUUGCUGGCAUGCUCGAGGUCUGUGGAAAUGACGAACAGCUGGGAAACGUACUUGCUCAUGAAAUGGCCCACUGUGUCUUGGGGCAUGGCGCAGAACAAGUCAGCUAUGCUCAACUCAUCGAUUUUGCCUUGGUCGGUUUUCUGGCGGCAAUUUGGGCCAUCAUGCCGACUGACGGCAUUGCUGUUGUAACGCACUGGUUUUUCGAAAAGGUUGUCAGUCUUCUGUUGAGGCUUCCUUACAGCAGGAAACUCGAGCUUGAGGCUGAUGAAGUUGGUCUUCAGCUAGCAGCAAAGGCAUGUUUCGAUGUUCGUGAAGCCAGUGCAUUCUGGACAAAGAUGAGCCUCAUGGGAAAUGCCUUAGAUGACGUAGAGUUUAUUUCUACUCACCCUAGUCAUGAACACCGUUCGGAGUACCUUGACAACCUCAUGAACAAUGCUAUUGAACUCAGGAGGCAGUGCCAUUGCCCAAGGUUGCCACCCCAGGAUCCACGUGUACUCAUGUCCAUGUUGAAGGAAGAAGUCAAGCAAGAGAGCCUUGCCAAGCAAGGAAUUGUUGUCUUGCAGCCACCCCACUGAAGCACUGCGGCAGUCCUAAUUGCUCCUGGUACAUCUUUGUCUCCUUUGGCUUUUAUGGCAGAUUUACACGUUUAUCGUAUAAGCCCCCACUGUCCAAACUGCUAAUUCGAGAUUGCUCUGCACCAAUAGUCUUACUUAUGCCACUUGAGAGUGCCUCACAUAUUCAUUCUUUAUUAGGGUCACUGCGAGCACUAUUUUUCUACAGUAAUCGGGUAUGGUGCAUGAUGGUCAAGUUUAUGAUAUUAGUUUAGCUCUCUAUUUGUUUUAGUGAUACUAGUAUAAAGGCAGUUCGAGUCAUUAAGUUUUUGUUGCUUUCACUGAACUCUUUAGCAAUAGCAAGCAAUGCACAUCUUUUCUGGUUUACCAGCAGUCAUUAAAUGUUGAGGCUGGGCAUUGAAAUUGAGUACAAGAAGCACCAACGCAAAAUAAAAAUAUACCUGUUGCCUAAUAAAUUCAUGUGCUGAUUAAUAUUGUUUACAAGGGGAAGAGCUUUGGGAUUCGCCAUUACCAGUACCUACCAAUGUUUCAUGGGAACGACUCGGGUGUGUGAGAAUUGGCAGUGCAAAAUUUCAUGUUUUCUUUUUAGGAAACCAGCCCAGCUUGCAAACAAGUGCAUAGCAAAUCCAGGUAAAGGACAUCACCACACAAUGAAGGAAUGCACCUGCCAUGCUAGUUGAAUGUUCUUUGCCAAACCAAACUUGAGCUUCAUAUGCAUUGCCAUCGUCCAGUGUGGUUGGUGCAGAACUGCGAGGAUUUGUAGCCAUCUCUGCUUUUUUCCGAGAACAUGAAAAAGCCUUCAUAUGCUUCAGGAGGGAAUUCAUGAGCAUUUGUGCUGCUGAACCAAUACUGCUGCUCCGUUUAGGUGAGCUUCGUGCUCUUGGAAACCCAACACCGGGGAAAUUGGGCCAUUCAAAAUCUUCAAUACUGACUGGUGACUUCUCACAAGAGCACUUAUUCAGUUGAUCGAGGCCGUUGAUGCGACGAAACCGUGCUGUUUCAAGGGCUUCAAGCCAAGGAGGACAUAUACUUAAGCACGAGUCAUGGGGCAGGUCACAGCUGAUGCAUAGUUCACUUGCUUCCUGGCUUUCAUUGAUGUCGCAUUGUCCGUGAUUGUGUUGCUUGAGGAACAAGACCUUGGCAUUCUGGCUGCUUUUGUGGCAUUCACUUUGUGACUGUGCAUCAUCAUCAGAUAUGUCAGUUUUGCAUUGAACCGCUUCAUUUGAGCUAGAGGCACAAUCAUUGUUUGACAUUUGAGAUUCAGGGGGCAUGGUAACCGGUGAGCUCUGAUCAAAAUCAUUCUGGUUGCAAGGAGCAGGUUUUGGUGCAGGUUGAGCCUCCUUUAAGCAUCUCGUUGUGAUGGCUGGCUGUAUUUCGACAGUGGUAACUUGUUCUUGAGGCUCUGGAGAGUAUCUUUGGUUCAUGAAAUCACCUUCAUUGAAAGCAGCAUUGUUGAGGGAAGCUUCUGAACAUAAUUUGCGAGUUUCACUUGUGACAGUAUCACUUCUGCCAUCAAUAUUAUGUGCCCAGCUUACUUGUUUGACGUCAUCAUUGGCUUGGUUAUCACCGUUGACACACUCUUCAGCUGCCUCAACUCUAGAGUUUUCUUCAACAGUGUCCUCUUGAAGAAGGGAUGUACGUGGGUCUGUGUCUUCGUUCACUUGGGAAUCUGCAUUCUGGGAGUCAUUACUGCACUGUGGUUGCAUGCUGUCAUUUUCAUUCUUGUCAUCCUGCGAUUUGCUUUCUGCCGUCUUUGUGGAAUUAUCAGAGGGACGUUUUGGUAUGUUACUCCGUUUUGCUGACUUCCUUUUUCCAAAUUUGGCCUUUCUUUGUUUUCGUAGCUUCAAAUUAUGCUGAGUCAUGGUUACUUUGCUUGUACGUAUGCUUUGCUGCGUCGUCUUCUGCGUGUAUGGAAAUUUCAAUGCACUACAAUAGUACCAGGCUGGCUAGUGGAACUGUCGACUGGUCGUUCUGCGUAGACGUGCUCUGUAGUUUACGAUGCAAAGGAGUUAUUUGCUCAUGGCACAGAGUGGUUGAUUAAGCUUGCAGCUAUGGGAACCUUCUGGAAUCACACACAAUGCACCAUUCUUCUCAUUUGAGUAAAAUCGAUGUUGGGUCGUCUUCUAUGAUUUCUAGCUACUGUGAAAGAAGCUUCUAGAAUGAGCCCAUCACUUGUAUCGGCCAAACCAUUGUGAGCAAGGUUCUGAGUUUUGAUCUUACUGUACUGGGAGGAGGGGGGAGGGGGGGGGGGGGGGCAUUUAUUUGCACUUAAGCUAUUCAUGACUACAUGAUUGAUGGUGCCUGUUGUGCUUCAGCUGCAUGAUAUACGCUAGGGUGCAGUGCGCACACAGAGGCCCUCAGUCACGCAUAUUCAUAGGUGAGAAAACUUUAAUGACAAAAAGAUGAAGAGAUUGGCCAGAGCACCAGUCUCUGGCCUCUCAGAAUCAGAAUCAGUAUUUAUUAUUAAAUGUUUGGCCUGACUACGUAGAGUGGGCAUCAGGGUGUGGAUAGAACAAGUUCAGUCAAGGUGCUGCCCACAGUGUUUAUGUUAAAAAAGGGAACAGCUGGUUGUUGCACAAUCUUUAGGACUACAUAUUGUCUAUUACUUAUUUCAACAUAUAAAGUGAUAGACCUGUCACUUGUUGGCACUUGCAUUACGAAAGUUUAACUUUUUGUGUCUUACAUGCAUGUGUGUAUCACAAUGGCACACCCUUUCCUGCUUGUUUUCUCCUACAAUACCAGUGAUGGCCAUCUCUGCUUCAAUUGGUUCACACCACUGAAAAUGUGCGUUGAGUUGGCCACUGUUUUACCCUCUGCUUUAUCAGCCAUUGAACAUGUGAUGGACAUUUUUAAAUUAACUUAAAUGCCGAGAAGAUCAUUGCGAAGGGGGUAAUAAAGAAAUUGUGAUCAUUAUAACUGACUAAUUAUAUAACAACAAAUUGUUGGUGUUAUUAUUUCAUGUCAGCAUUGAGCUGAACGUACGUAGUGUGUGUGUGUGAGUGAGGCCAGUAGCAAUGUUAAAGAAUAGCUGCUGCCCUCGGUGCUAUGUCUUUACGCUCAUCCAGUGCAAGUUGAUCACUGGUGCCCAAUAAACUCUGUCCAACAUA